AUGUCUCCACGCCCACUUAACCAGCUCUCCGCUGUGCGGAAGCAGCAUCUCCUCGUUGAAUUCUCGAGUCUGAAAUACGCAUGUCCGCAGGGCGUGUUCGUGAGCCUGACGCCUGGCGAUCCCGCGCUAUGGUCCGGCGUGAUAUUCGUGCGUCGUGGUCCCUACGCGCCCUCUAUCCUACGUUUCCGCAUCGCGUUCCCGCCGGCGUACCCAGAGCAGCCGCCGCUCCUGACCUUCGCGACGGAUAUCUUCCACCCGCUGGUCUCGCCGCUGACGACGUACAUGUAUACGGGGGAGAGCGCGGCGGCGGCGCAAGAGGGCGAGCCUUUGCCGCCCGGGGGGUUCUCGCUGCGGGCGGCGGGGUUCCCGGGGUGGUUCGGGAAGGGAGAGGGGACGCGUGGGGAGGUGUGCAUCUAUGAUGUGUUGCGGUAUGUGAGGAGUGCGUUUGAUGAGGAGGCAGUCCUGGACCGGGUGCCGUUGAGCGCGGCCGGGAAUCCGGGGGCGUGGCAUGCGUGGAGGAGCUAUAGGGCGGGGAAGGGGGUGGUGCUGCCUGUUGAUGAUGAGAUGGAAGGGGAUGAGGGUGAGGAAGAGGCGGAGGGGAGUGCGGACGUGCCAGAAGGGUAUCGCAGGUUGGCAGGAGGGACAUCGGCGCCGGUGGGAGGGAAGAGACCGGGGGAGUGGAAUUGGGAUGGGGUGUGGGAGGUGCGGGUUAAGAAGGGGAUGGAGGGGAGUAUUGCGGAGGGGACGCUGUUUGGGCGGGAGGCGGGCGAUGACCUGAUCCGUUUUCUGAAGCUGGACCCCGAGCAGUGCGAGGCUCUCAAGGAGAGCAUCAAGAAGAGUGUGGAGAGUGUGGAGCCGCUACGAAGGGAGAUUGUGUGA